GCUACAUUACAACCCCCCGCCCUAAAACAAAAGCACGCACCAAAUUCCAGUUCAACCCCUGCCCGCGGCUCUGCUCCUUCCUCGUCCCUGUCUCCCGCACAGCUCCUUUCUCGCAGCUCUAUCUCCUUUCCCGCAGCUCGUGUUGCAGCCCCCUGGCCACAGCUCCUCGUGUCGCAGCUCCGUUCCCGCAGCUACUCAAACCUUCUCUUCAGGUCUGAUUCCAGCAACAGGGUAACAUCCCAAGCCCUAGCUUCAUCUCUGUCAAAUAUGAAGUUUCUUGGGUAGUUUUCUUUUUAUCUACAUCCAGUAUGCAUGGUUUCCGCCUUUUUCUAAUAAAAUCCUUUCAUUAGUGUUCUUUUUUUGAAAAAAGUUUCUUGAAUGGUCUAUUCUGAAGGGAACCUCCGAACAGUUUUCUCCAGGCUUUUAGGGGACUUGUUGAAUAAUUAUUUUUCGAUUGACAGGGAGGGCCAUUAGAUUAACCCAAGGAAAUGGCUACGCAAUUGAUUUUUUUUUAGCAUAUAAGGUUACGGAUCUGCUAUUGGAACUUCCGUAGGUUUUCUUUUUUACUCUUUUUUGAUAAGUAAUAAACUUUAUUGAAACUAAUGAAAACUAGGCAGAGCCCAUGGACACAGGAACACCUAAUUACAUUCUAGAAACCUAAAAAGAAAACAAAAACUCAUUAACAUUCUCUCCCUUUAUACAAUACCAGAAAACCACUGGAAAAGAGAAGACAAGAAGAAAUUCCCGAUAUCCCCCACUGCUCUUUUCUUGUUGUUAAAACAUCUGUCAUUCCUUUCCGUCCAUAAACACCACAAUAAGCACAAUGGUAUCAUCCUCCAUGCUGCAUCCAGUUGAGAGCUAUUGUGAUUUCUGUUCCAGCAGGCUAAAACCUCCACAACCCUCUUAGACAUACCCAACUCAGCCCAGCUCUACAAAGAAUACCCACCCGUAACUCCCUAGCCACCUCACAAUGAAGAAAAAGAUGAUGUUAAUUUUACUCUCUUUUUUUUAAUGAGUAAAAAAAAGGAAAAAAAAAAAAAAGAGAGUAAAAUUAACAUCAACUUAAUUGCUGAAAGACUUAUCUUUCGAGUGCAUUUUAAUUUUUUUAGUUAACAGGUUGCAAUUACUUUGCUGACAAAAUGGAAGGAAAAAAUACUUGCUAUAUUUUAUAGUGUCUGCAGUCACCCACGUUAUUCGGUACUGAAACUUUGAUGGGUACUUGGUAUUUGUUUUGGAAGUCAAACUAAAUAUGAGAUUGGUUUGGAGGUUGCUGCCCAGGUACUUUAGUCCUUGCCAUUCCUUAGUCAAAAAAUCAGAAAAGCAAAACAGAAACAGGAAGAAAAACUUAAAUUUAAUACAAGUGCUUAUAGCAGCUACUGUUUAAGCUUUGCUCGGUGCUUAUAGCAGCUUUAUAGCAAGUGCUUAUAGCUGCUGUUCUGUUGCAACGUUUUUUUUAUACAUCCUUAUUAUGCGCACAUUUUUUUAUUAUGCACACAUCUGAUGCCUACAUAUGACUGCCUACAGAUUGUAGACAAAAUGCCUUGUUCUGUUUUAUUUCUUUCAGCAUGAACCAGCAACAGAUUAUAGAGUUUGCCUUGUUUUGUUUGAUUGGCUUAAGAACACUUCUUACUCUUACCUACAAAAACUGUCACAUUGCACCAUCUAUUUACCUUAACUGUCACAUUGCUGCUUAUAGAACAGCUUAAUUAUGUGUGUUUGUUUCCAUUACUGAGCAUCCAAGUUAUAGAACAGCUUAAUUAUAGUAUGAGACUUUGUUUACUGAGCAUAUUGGAAUUAUGAGUUUAGAUCUGAUUUUGUACAAUUUUUACUUGAAUCAAGGAUGUCUUUCAUGGUCAGACCAAAUAUUUGUGUGCAGACACAACAUACAACAAGAUUUUCUAUAUUUGAGAUUACUUGAUUUUGUAUUUACUGAAGAUAAGACACGUUCCCUACUAUUUAGAUUGAGCUUCAGUUGGAUUUAGUUAAUUGCUAUUCGUGGUUCUCAUACUUUGAUAUUUUUUGUAAUGACAGCUAUUUGGGGAGAGUCCUCAAGAGCAAGUUCAAUCCUUAUUGGUCAUUUGUUCAUGGUUUGGGUUUUCAUUGUGAAAUGCUAAUGAAUUGUUUGAUUAAUUUAGAGCAAUGAGCAAGAAUGCUUUGAGAAACAAGAAAAAAAGGGAGAAACAGAAGGAAAAAAUGGCUGCUGAGGCUGCUGGUGUUUCAUGAUUAUAUGCAGGAAUGCUUUGAAAUGGCUACUAAAUGCAUCAUAUAUGUUUGACGCACUGAAGCAUGACUUUGAUACUUCUGGUGUGAAUGCCGCUGCAGUAGAUCCUUCUUGAACAGGUUUCAGCGGGUAUGGUUCUCGAGCGUGGUUCGGCUUACAAUUCUUGAAUAGUUUUGAGGUCGACAAAAUAAAAGCAUUCAACUAUUAGCAUGUAUCCUUCAGGGUCGCAUAUUGAAGGAGUCAUAGAUGAGUUCUCCAUCUCAACCUUUUGACUGCAUAUGGGUCUUUAAUCUAAUUUUUAAACUGAAGGCUUUCCUCCUCAUUCCAAAAAACCAUUGGAACUUUCUGAAACAUUCUCUACCACUGAGUGAGACAGUGGCAGAACUGCCAGCUGAAUAACAGCUACUCGAAAGCCAUUGCUGACAAAGUAGAGACCUCGGGACAUAAGUCUGAUGCCUAUGGAAGCCAAGGCUACAAAUGCUCCAGCGUUGGCACUUGCUGACACUGACAUCAACUGGGAUAGGUUGGACAAGACAAAGUUUCACAUUAUUGGGGCCAUCCUCUUUACUGCUCAGUCAGCCUUGUUACAUCCUACGGCAGUUGUAAAGACUAGAAUGCAAGUUGCUGGUUCUGGUCUCUCUAACAUGCGCGGUAUAUCAGUAUUUGAACAGAUAUUGAAGACUGAUGGUAUCCCUGGCCUAUUUAGGGGUUUUGGCACUUCAGCUGUUGGAUCAUUGCCUGGUAGAGUCUUGGCUUUAACAUCACUUGAAGUGUCAAAAGAUAUGAUGUUAAAAUAUACAGAAGGUCUAGAUAUGCCCGAAGCAACACGUCUUGGCAUAGCGAAUGGAGUGGCAGGGAUGUUGUCAAAUUUAGUUUCUUGUGUGUACUAUGUUCCUUUGGAGGUGGUCUGCCAGAGACUGAUGGUACAAGGGAUUCCUGGGACGGCAGUCUGCAAUGGACCAUUUGAUGUUGUACGAAAGGUGAUAGAGGCUGAAGGGUUCCGCGGAUUGUAUAGAGGCUUUGGAUUGACAGCUGUGACGCAAUCCCCAGCAUUUGCACUUUGGUGGGGUGCCUACGGAGCUGCCCAACACAUGAUUUGGAGGAGCUUGGGUUACAGAGAUGAUAUGGACAAAAAACCAUCUCAUAUGGAGAUGGUAACAGUUCAGGCAACGGCAGGAUUGGUAGCUGGUGCUUGUUCAUCAGUUAUCACAACUCCCAUUGACACUGUAAAGACUAGACUUCAGGUCAUGGAUAAUUUUGAGGGUGGAAGACCGUCAGUACUGAAGACUGCAAGGACACUCCUUAAGGAAGAUGGAUGGUGGGGCUUCUAUAGGGGGUUUGGACCUCGAUUCUUAAAUAUGUCUCUCUAUGGAACAACAAUGAUUGUUACCUAUGAACUUAUAAAGAGAUUAUCCGUGAGGCAGUAACAAGAUCUCAAGCUGGAGGAGUUGCGAGUCCAACUUGGCUUCAGAAAUGCUGAAGUUGUUUGAAGUGCAAGGAAACUGAUUCUGGCGUGAGUUCCUGAUGUGAGUUUUCCAAUUUCUCCGACACAGAGAUGGGGAGUGGCAUUCUCGUCUUGCAUUACACAGCACAAGAAUGGUUAGACUCUCUUUAGUCGUUAUCAGACAGAGGUAGUUCAAUACUUCAAUUCACUUCCUCCAAUGUGGUUUACGGUGUUUUCUUGUAAAUGUUACAAACCAUUGAGCAUUGCUCAUUCUUCACUGUUAUGAGGACAUUGGACUGCAAUUCAUUGACUCCACCAAACGUAUCGUGGGAUUUGGAACGAUUUUGUAAGACUUGUUAGACCAUGAAACAGAAUUGUAAUUCAGCCACGCAGAAGGUUGAUUGCUGGUGAAUGGGCAUUUAAUCAUUCUUAGAAGAGGAGUUAAUUUUUCAUAA